GCUGGCCCGUUGCACCUUGAAGCGAGAAUUGAUGCAUUUUUGGGGAUCAAUAACAACGACGAGAAGUGCGAACUCAGCAAUCGAACGAAAGAAAGGAGGAGGGAGUAAGAGAAAGUUGCCUUCUCCCUCUUAUCUCGACCACCUACAAAUUCAAUUCAAUUCAAUUCUCAUUUUGGAUGUAAACAGCAACAUGUCCUGGCUCGCCCGAUCCAUCGCUAAUUCUCUCAGACUCGAAGAAGAAGAAGAAGAAGAAGAAGAUCACACCAAUAAUGUUACCACAAACAAUCCCACCUACCAGGACAGCGACGAUCUACACCAUCAUCUAUCCGAUCCAUCCUCCCCUGUCAUCCCCGAGCGCGGCGUCAAGGAAGAUCUUUCCGAGCUCACCAAAACCCUAACUCGUCAGUUCUGGGGAGUCGCCUCCUUCCUUGCACCUCCUCCCCAGUCUACGGAAGAAUCUGGUUCCAGUGUCGACUCCGACAAUCCAGAUGCUUCCGAAUCGGUGGGAAUUGCCGGGAUACGGAGUGACUUUGCGGAGAUUGGAGGGAGAUUCAGAAGUGGGAUCUCGAAGCUGUCUAACAACAUCAAUGUGUCGGAGAUUACUAAAAUUGCUUCUAAUUUCUUGCAAUUGAACGUGGAAGGAGAUGACUAUGAUUCGACAGGGAUUGCGGUUGGUGUUACUAGAGAAGUGGUGGCUUUUGUCAGAGAUAUUUCCGCACAUCCUCAGACUUGGCUUGAUUUUCCGCUUCCUGAUGAUGAAAAUCACGAGUUUGAACUGUCUGAUGUCCAACAAGAGCACUCAUUGGAUGUUGAGCGUCUGGUCCCAACACUAGCUGGUCUUAAAGUAGAACUUUGCCCACGCCAUAUGAGUGAAGGUUCCUUCUGGAAGAUUUAUUUUGUACUCUUGCAUCCCAAACUCAAUGAAUAUGAAGCAGAGCUUCUGUCAACACCAGAGAUAAUUAAAGCAAGAGCAUCUUUGAUGCCAAACCAAAAGAAAGCAGAUUAUUAUCAUGAACAAGAAUCAUCAUCUGGUUCGUUUUCCCUGGAGAACCCCAUUAAUUAUGUUCCCGAAGCUGCUGCUGCUGCUGAAUACGAAUCUUUACCAAGUACCAACAAUUUCGAGACACAGAAACACAUGAUACAGAAAGAUGAAAUUCCAAUUAUUGAUAAGUCUGUUGUUGAGGAAAACUUUGAGACACAGAAACACAUGAUACAGAACAAUGAUGAUGUUGAUUAUGAUGACGACUGGUUGAAGGAAGAUAGUGCAGAGAUGGUCUCUACCAGCAAACAUGAAGAAGAAGAGGAUGUUUCUUUCAGUGAUCUCGAGGAAGAAGAAGAAGAAGAGGGUGAUGCUGAUGUCACUACCAGUAGUUACGGAAAAGUAACAAGCGGGUCUGAUUCAUCAACAAAAGGUUCGCGUGAAUGGGUUGAGUUGAGUAGAAGCUCUGUAAGUUCUAAUAUAGAUUCUGUUAAAGUUGUUGCUGGUGGUGCGAAGGAAUCUAAUGACUGGCUUGACAUCGAUGAUGAGAUCGAUGUGGAAUAGUUAAGUUAUGAAAUCCAUGUUCUGUUGGACUCCAGAAAAAUUGUAUUUAUGUAAAUAAAAAUUUGUUGUCAACUUGUUUGCUUACUGAUUUGUUUGUUCUCUUCUUCCUUCAACUUUUAUUUUAUUUGAACAGCUUUUAAGGAUUAAUGAGACA